AUGAACGUCGAUCGCCCAACAGGAGGUCUCCGUAUUCCAUGGAAGAACCGCCAUGCGCAAUUGCCGCAUCACAAAGAACACCAUGUAGCUCGUCGCCUCAAGUUUCUCGACGUCCUGCCAAAGGAGAUAAAAGGCCACAUCGUGGCAUGCGUUGGCGAACUCGUUGGCACAUUCAUGUUUUUGUUGUUCGCACUGGGCGGCACGAAUGUGGUCAACACAGCGCCUCCUGAGGGCGCAAACGCCGUGGACUUGAGUGCGAAUCCAAGCAAGAUCAUGUAUAUUGCAUUGGUGUUCGGUUUUUCGUUGACAGUGAACGCCUGGGUUUACUUCCGCAUUAGUGGUGGCCUCUUCAAUCCUGCAGUCACUCUCGGCAUGAUGGUCGUGGGCGCUACGGGAUACAGACGUGGUUUUCUCAUCAUUCUGGCUCAGAUUAUUGGUGGAAUUGCGGCUUCUGGCGUUGUGUCCGCUAUGAUGCCUAACGUACUGGCUGUCAGGACUGAACUUGGAGGCGGGACCACUGUCGUGCAAGGAUUGUUCAUUGAGAUGUUCUUGACAGCACAACUCGUCUUCACGAUCUUCAUGUUGGCCACGGAGAAGCAUGAGGGCACGUUCAUCGCACCAGUUGGAAUCGGUCUAUCGCUUUUUGUAGCAGAGCUCAUGGGAGUGUUCUACACGGGUGGCAGCGUCAACCCCGCUCGCUCCUUUGGUCCUGCCGUCGUCACUCGUACUUUCUCCUCAUACCAUUGGAUCUACUGGGUCGGACCUAUUCUCGGUGCACUCCUAGCAAGUGUUUUUUAUAUGUUCAUCAAGGCGCUCGAGUACGAGACUGUGAACAUGGUGGCCGACCCGAAGCAAGCUCUUGGCGACAAGUUUGAUCGCACAACAGUGAAAUCUGAGGGUCAAGAUAGCGUUGCAUCAGGAAAAACUGUGGAGAAGGUGAUGAGUGGAGUUUCCGGCGGUUCCUUCAAGCGAUCUCCUGCCCUGGAGAGUGGGCAUGUUUCUCGUCAUUAA